CGCAUGUGGCCUGAUCGGCUUUCUCUAAAAUGAUCAAUUGGAAAACUUGGAUGGUUUGGUGGUCUCUUUUAUUUAGUGUAACAACCGCUGAAUUUUUCACAUCUCUGAGUCGGAUAAAAGGCUUGGUUCGCUUGGAAAGCGCUCUGUCGAACUCUCUCGACAAUUAUUUGGAACAGAUGUCAGAACCCCCGGAGGUUCUCCGACAAUUCGCCGAUCGUGUCAGGAAAGAAAUGAAAAUCGCGGCAGGCGAUAUCGAAAAAUAUGCCUUCCACCCGAUCAAUUCAUUUCUGCUUGUGAGACGAUUUGUACGACAUUGGACGGAACUGGCGACCUUCCUCUCCGAAGGAUCACCGAACGGUAAGGAAACAGCAGCAGUAGGUUGUGAGAGGAUUAGCACUUCCCCCUAUUGUCACCCAACUUAUCCAGUGUGUUCAUUCUGACGUUUUAAGUAUAAAUACUGUCAAGAGAUGACAAAAUUCAAAAUCAAGAUCUGCAUGAGGGAAAUUCUAAUAUCCUAUUGUUUUUGUCCGGACCUUUAUCGGUUAAAAAGAUAUAAACAAGUCGAAAAAACCUGCAAAAUUAAAGACGAAAAAAAAAAAAAAAAAAAAAACGGUGCUGUAGUUUACCUCGACAGCUCCCUGAGCGUGUUCAAUAUAUUAUUUAUGCACUCAUAGAAAAAAUCCCUACCAUUUCCCCUGAGGCCGGCGAUUACAUGUUUUGUUAUACCUCCCAACUCCAAAGUGCAGAUCAUGCAAAUCAGUAUGCAAAUCAUAUACGAACCCUAGAACUGUUUAUUUUUUCGACACUGGCUGGCACACAAGUCUCCCCACGGUUUCAAGGCACGUAACCCAUGUCACGUGAUAUGUUCUCCUCCAAUUGGUGAACUUAUUUGAAUUUGGAGAUAUGGAAUUUGUUCGAAUUUAGUUUCUUAGUCAGUCAGUUUUGCUGACUAUGUCAUCGCCAGAUUUUCAUCUUAUAGCUAUGCAGAGAAAUGCUAUUCCAUGAAUGAAGCAUAUGACUCAACGUUUUCCUUUCUUUCUGACUAUUUUCAGAUCUCUAUUCCGAGCUCAUGAUCAACCGUCGAGCAUUUCCCACCUCGAAAGACUUCAUUGGAAGCCUCAACGCCAUUCUGCGCAUUCAAGAGGUUUACAAUCUCAGCGCACGCGCACUCGCUGAUGGAGAUCUGCAUCAAACAAUACCAAGCAGGGGUCUGGGCGCUGACGAGUGUUAUGAGUUAGGAAUUGGUAGCAAUGAUCAAGAAAAUUACGAGGGGGUAACAGGCUGGAUGAAAGAAGCUCUUAAACGCAUGAGCCCACCUUAUGAAUACAGCGGUGCACUCACAAAAAUUGACGUGUUGGAAUAUUUAGCCUGGGCCGAGUAUAAGGUGAGUUGAAUAAAAGUUGUACCAUAACUAUCUUAGUUCAAUGCGCUGGCCUCGUCAAGUGGAAUAUUUUUAGAGGUGUCACACUUCACCUUUUUUAUAUGUUUAAUACAACUGAAUAUACAAAUCAAAAUCCAGCGGACUACCCAUAAGUUAAUGGUAAAAAAAAAGUCUAGGAACAAGGACACGUAGAUUCAACUGUUAUAUUUGAGAGCAUAAAUCUUGGACAAAAGUUGAAACAUGUAUAAAUUAUGCCUCUUUAAGUAAUCUCGAGGAGCACCGGUUGCCCUCUUAACUUCCUCCCUUAGCCAUCUAAAAACUUUAUUGUAUUUAUUUGUUUAUUUAUUUAUUUACUUUUUUUUUGAAACCUUUGCUUUUAUUACAAAAUAUAAUUCUACAAAACAUUCCUUACAAUUCAAGACUCAUUACGCUACUCUAUUCACAGAACAAUACUUACGAUACUUACAAUGUAGGUUACUCAUGCUGGCAAUACUGUACCGAAUAUGGUUACUUACAAAAAUGUAAUUACUUGCAAUACGGGCUACUUACACUAUUAAUAAAAAAAAUACUGAUUAUACAGUUACUUACAAUACAUUAUACGGUAUAUUGACUUUAAAGAGGCAGGAGUACUUCUCAAUAAAACAUAUAAUUAAGGCAAAUUUUCAAGUUUGUAUUUAAUGAGUAGCUUACCGAUAAAAUCCUGAAAGGAGAUGGCCAGGCUAUUUAACUUGACUGAAUAAAUAUAAUAGCGCAUAAAUAAGGCGGUGUAGUUGAAUUUCCGUAUUAUUGUUGUGUCGUGGGAGCUUGUGGUAAUACCGAACAAGGUCUCAUCUGUGGUAGGAGAGAUUUGGCACGCAUUCACUUGGUUGAACCAGUUCAAGACCUUUUGGGUAAACAAUCUGGUGAACAUACAUUCGAUUAAAGAGUGCUCAAUUGAAUCUCUAUCUCCGUAGUAUACACAUUCUGUGAAUGUGUAUACAUUGAUUGUGCAGCGGAAGGUGAAUCGCUUGUUUGAAAAUGGAAGAAUUCAUAUGAACCGGAUCGAUGUCAAUAUCCGGCCAACUGAGCACCGACCCCUCUCCUAACUUAGAACCUGUGUCAUUUUCUAAGCAAAAUUGUCCACAUUUUGUGAAAGAGAGGUACACGAGACAUUCAAUGUACGCCAGAAGUUAAAAGACUUUUGAUCAUCCCAGAUUUCUCCUUUGUUAAAUGUUGACAGGAGUCUUCUAUUUUUGCAGGUGGGACUUCUUGAAGAUGCAAUCCUACACACAAAAGAUAUUCUUGAAGAAGGUAACUUUAAUCUGGUGCCUUUCAACAUUAUAGAGCAAAGUCAGUAUCAGAGAAGUUUCGCACUUACCCCUCCCCUAACCCGACAUUAACCUUGGCUUGUUAUCAGUUGACUGCUGCUGGGUUAAGGGAGGGGUAGGUGCACAGCUGCUCAGAUACCGACAUUGAUCUAUAUUUGAUCACCAAGGGCCACAGAGUGAAACUCAUGUUAAGAAUUUCUUCAUCCCCAGAUCCCACAAGUAAACAAGCUCAUAUCAAUCUUGAACACUUCCAGGCCGAGGUGAUGCAACGCAAUACGAACGCAAGUCAUUCGACAAGAAACAAGCUAGACAACAAGAAAAAGAAAAAAGAUUUCGAGUUAAAAUAUGAACGCUUGUGCCGCGGAGAAACGCGAAAGGUUGGUAUCAAUUUUUUCUUUUACACAAUGUUCGAUUAAAUCAAACAAAAUAAUCCUAUGUGACGUUGAAUUACCAAAGAGGCCUGGUGCACCGCUUUUGCUUUACUACGCUUUGUGAUUGGUUACGAAGAUUAGUGCCACCUUCCCAACCAAUCAGAUGCAAACAAAAACCAAUCACAAAUCGCGAUAUGGUCACUCACGUUUUCCCGCGCUUAAGUUGGUCGACUACUUUCACUUUGAAUUCUCGUUGGUUCCUUGUGAUGUUUUCUUUGUUCUGAUUGGCAAUUGUAGAAAAAUUGAAUUUGGAUUUACGACAUUCACUCGAAACGCAUUUCUUUUAAUCGAUUAGUGGUGGUCGCAGCUCUCUUCUUUUCGAGACAUCGGAGCAUGGCCUCAGCUGAAUUCCAUAGUACACGUGGGCUGACUAUGUCCUAAUUUCUAAUUUGUGUGAUAAAUGUUUUAUUUGCAAUUUGCAGUCUCAGAGACAAAGAGACAAACUGAGUUGUUACUACAAUAGAAAUCGUCCAACACAAGUGCUGAGACCAGUUAAAGUAGAAACUUUAAGUUCGGAUCCACACCUCUAUCUGUUUCAUGACGUCAUCUCAGAGAGCGAAAUCGAGCAUAUAAAGAAGCUAGCCAAGCCUCAGGUAAUAAAAUGCUUUUUUUUCCCUUUUAACCAUUUUCUUUAAACAGAAAUUCAUCUCCAAACCUGAUUCCGGAAUAUUUGAGCCAACCAUUUUAACCUAAGAAAAAAAAGUUAUCGAACAAUUUUUCUUAAACUUUCCUUAAAUGUUACUUACCAAAGUUUGCUUCGAAAAAUACAAUUUAAAAGCUAGGUCACCGUGCUUGUUUAAGAAAUAUGAUGAGACAAAAUUACCCCACUUACGUCUGCUCUGGCACUAAUCACGCGCGUCAUCAGUUCACAGUACAUUUUGAGGUAGUUGGAAGCAAGGAUGUUUAAAGAAACAUUUUUAAAAACUUGAUAGGUAGAAAGUCUUAAGUAAAUGGAACAAUUUGAUAUAUAAUUUGUGAAAAAAUUACGCAGUUUUAAACGACAUCGACUCAAAACGUUCCUUGAGUCGUUGCUAUCAAAGUCAUAGUUUGCAUCAUUGUGUAACGGGCUUUGUGGUCGCUUUUCUUUGAUUGGAUCCUAGAACUCGGAACUUCACCCGGGAGCCUCCCUACUGUUAGAUGUACUCGGGAAAGGACUGACUUAGGGGCGUAGUUUGGGAGAUAGAGGCUGCUAUUGAUGAGUUAACGUUAACAUUUGAUAAGAAAGAUUCAUCUUUUUUAAUAAGUGCUUGUCUUUUUAGUAAGAGGAAAUUAUCAGUAAUAUAUACCGUAAGACAAUGACCGCCUAUAACAACCUUUCUCUCCUGAUCAAGCUCAAGAGAGCUUUUGUCACAAACACAGAUACUGGAAAAGAGUUUAAAGCAGACUAUAGGAUAAGUCAAAGGUAAGAAAUGGCUUAAAAAAAUUUGGAAGAGUUCAAAGAAUUAAAUUCUUGAACCAUAUCACUCCAUAUGCGCUCAAAUGAGUUACUUUCUCCCCAGUAAGCACCCCUGCCCUAUAACUCUGUGAUUAGCCCCCUUCCCUCUCUGAUAAGCACUCCUCCUGACUCUUCGUACCAAAUAUAUUUGGGCUGAACAGCGUUUCAGCAUGCAGUACAACUCGUAUGCCUUUAUUAGUUUCUGUUCUGGGUUCGCCAACCGAAAAAAUGCAUGUCGUUCUCGAUAUUCAUAAAACUAAGUGACGCUCUAGUACUGAUUUUGUCAAGAAUGAUACGAGCCUAUAUUUCAUUAUAACUCGCACAUUGGGAUAUUGGGUUGCGGGUAGAUCAGUGAUAAGCCUCCCCUCCUCCCCUCCAUUAAUAAAUCCCCCCCCCCACCAUCCAGUAGUAAUUAUAGAAGUUAGAGUAAUCUUUCUUUCUUUCCAACUGUUUGUCUAUCAGCGCCUGGCUGGACGACAAUGAUUCUCUUGUAGUAAGGAAAAUUAGCCAAAGAAUUCAAACUACCACGGGUCUUUCUCUAGAUUCUGAACACUCAGAAGCAUUACAGGUAAGAUUUUGCAUUACUGCUGAGAUGAAAACUCUCUGUGACUUCAUUUCCACGGUCCUCUGAAGGAAAGAGAGGACUCAGGCUGAUCUUCUUAGUGUUACAGUCCCAGAAAUCCAUGCGCACUACGCAACAAAGCGUCAAGGAGAGGGACCUGGGACGAAGCAGUUAAAAAGCCGCGGAGGAGUGUGUGUUUUAACUUUUCAAAUUAGGGCAGCCAAAAAAAAAAAAGAGGCCGGAGCACUCAGGAAAUGGGGAUCAGAAACGCUCAGAAAUGCUGACUUUACCUACAGAAUGAUUUGCCUUACUUCGCUUUGUGAUUGGUCUAGAAAACUCGCGCCACACUCUCAACCAAUCAGAUACAAAACUAAAACUAAUCACCACUUUGAUUUGGAAAACUGAAAAAUAGCGUUAACUCUCAAAUGAAGGCAAACGAUUCUAAUGACUUUAUCGAUGUUAUUGCUUACAAGGUGGCGAACUACGGUAUGGGAGGACAUUAUGAACCACAUCACGAUUUCCUGCAGGUUAGUUGUAAAAGUAGCUUGAUUGAUUAAUAAAUUUAUGUGUUUACCGAGAGAACUGGUUCGAGUGUACCAAUUCAAGCUUUUAUAAGAAAAGUCAGUUUUCGGACGUGCAAUGUAGCAGUCCGAAUUGUUAAAAGAAUUGCCCGCAAACCCGCAAAGAUCAACAGGAAAUAACAACAAUAAUAAAAUAAAACUAAACAGCGAAAAAGUCAGCCAACUAUGGAAAUUUUUCUUUUAUGCUCUGCCCCACCCCUACCCCCAAGAGUUUCUACUAAGUUAAUAAAAUAUUAUUUUUUUUUGUCAUCAGAAUCCAGACGGAAGCCUUCCUGUUGACGAUAUUGACGGUGACAGGAUAGCUACAAUACUGUUUUAUGUACGUUAGUUAUGCCGACCUUUGAGGGCUUAUUGAAACUUGGUUAGGAAUGUCACCCCCCUCUCUAUUUCGUCUUAAACUUGCUUAAGAUUAAAGGAAUAAGCGACCAGCAGUUCUCCAUUGGCAGUCUGGCAGGCAGAAACAUGUUCAAAUGUCUAAAUCUUCCAUCUCCCUAAGAUAUGAUCUGUAAGUAUUCUGUUAACAACCCUUCGAGGGGGAAUUCCCGUUGUCAUAGACUUUGCGGGGAUAUUGACAAAAAAAAGGUAUCUGUCAUGAGAUGUAUGUUAAGAGGGAGUACCCCUUCCCCCUGGGUAAGACCAGGCGAUCAACUAAUCAGUGAACUGAUAUCUUUCGCAUCUUUAGAUGAGUGACGUGGAGGCAGGCGGUGCGACGGUCUUCUUAGAUGCUGAAGUAAUUGUAUAUCCUCGAAAGGUUUGUAGUUGCCAAGGCCCUGUCUAUUCAAAGGAUGAAAAAGUUACGUUCUGACAGACAGCUCUUUCUAAAGAAACUGCCUUCUAUUCUGCUUCGUUCAGUCGUAUUUGUUUAACUAGUUCAAUCAAUCAUUGACCAGGAUUAAAGAAGUAUCUUUUUUUACGGAUUUAUGCCUUUUUAGGGUGACGCAGUAUUUUGGUUUAAUCUUAAAAAAGAUGGUACCCCUGACGUCAAAACGUUGCACGCUGCCUGCCCUGUGGUCAUUGGCUCAAAAUGGGGUAAAUGUGCCGUCCACACCUCAUUCGGUAGUUUAACAUAAAAUACGAGCGGAUAGUUUGCAGGUUGAGUCGGUUGUAAUUUUAGCAACGAUCAAAAUGUCUUUGCGUAUUAAAUGUUAAAUCAUCAAAAGAGGAAGUUAUUGUUCAACAACAGUUUAAUUUUCUAACAUUUUGACUGCAAGUUUGCGAAAUAGGCCAAAAGCCUUAUACGAUCACAUUUAUGGGAAAAGUCUGAUCUCCGGUUUAAAAUGAAAAUUCCCACCCUCUCCCCCUCCCCUCCCUUCAUAACUUGUAUCAAUGGUGGUCGUCGUUUUCAAUCAAAAUGUUAGUCACUUGCGGCCCGUGAACGCAGACAGAUUUCCGGAAGCGACAACUAGAAAUGCCGGUACGUCUACACGCGCAAGCUCAUUUCUGGAAGCAUUGUGGGUGAUUUGAAUGGAAUCUUGUGGAUUUUACUGUUGAAGCCUUCUUCAGAAAAAGACGCCUUUGGCAACUGUUUUUAAUUGCUCCUAAAAUCCCUUUUUUGUUUUGUGUAUGUAGUUGCUAACAAAUGGAUCAAUGAAAGAGGCCAGGAGUUUCGCCGACCAUGCACACGAACCUGA